CGCUUGAGCUCUUAUAACCACUAACCAAAAAAUGGCCUCGGCGAUUCUUCCAUCGCUUAGGCUGAGGCCAAGCUUCUCCGCCGCCACGUCACCUUCCUCAUCCUCUUCUUCCGCCGGCAACGUCAAACCCCGUCCCGUCGUAAUUCUCCCGGGUUUAGGGAACAAUUCAGAAGACUACAAGAAGUUGGAGGUAACAUUAGGUGAGUACGGUGUUCCUGCGGUGGUUGCAGCUGUAUCAAGGCUUGAUUGGUUUAGAAAUGCAGCCGGUUUGGUUGAUCCAGCCUACUGGCGCGGCACGCUUCGCCCUCGUCCUGUUCUUGAUUGGUACUUGAAUAGAAUUGAUGAUGCAGUCCGUGAAGCCAAUGAAUUAGCUCAAGGUCAAGGAUUGUCUUUGAUUGGACACUCAGCUGGAGGAUGGCUUGCUCGAGUUUACAUGGAAGAAUACGGAAACUCUGAUAUUUCCUUGUUGUUGACACUUGGUACGCCUCACUUACCACCACCGAGAGGACAACCUGGGGUUAUUGAUCAAACAAGAGGUCUUCUCUAUUAUGUCGAAGAGAAUUGUGCAAAAGCCGUUUACACUCCUGAGCUGAGAUAUGUCUGUAUUGCCGGGAGAUACAUUCGUGGAGCUCGUUUGGUAGACAAUGCAGAUGCGAAUGUUGAUUCUGAUGUGACUGUUGGAAUCGACAAUGGAGAAGCGAUUUCCGAACUUGCUAUAGCAACCAACAAGAAGACCGGUUCUUCAGGGCCUAGUUUCCGUGCUCGUUUUGUAGGGCAAGGAUACAAGCAAGUCUGUGGAAGAGCUGAUGUGUGGGGUGAUGGAGUAGUUCCUGAGGUCUCAGCUCAUCUUGAAGGUGCACUUAAUGUUAGCUUCGACGGUGUUUACCACUCGCCUGUUGGCUCAGACGAUGAAAUCAGACCUUGGUAUGGUUCACCGGCUAUUGGAACACAACUUGUUGAAGGAAUUUCUCUGAACCUCUCUGAGAUUUCUGAGGUAUUUGCUAGUGAUCGAGCUUUCGAGGGAUUGUCUAAUCUCAAGCUUCUCAACUUCUAUGAUCUUUCGUUUGAUGGAGAGACUAGAGUGCAUCUACCUAAUGGCCUCAGUUAUCUCCCACGCAAGCUUCGUUAUCUCCGUUGGGAUGGAUACCCUUUAAAGACUAUGCCUUCAAGAUUUUGUCCUGAGUUUCUUGUUGAACUUUGUAUGAGUAAUAGCGAUCUUGAAAAACUUUGGGAUGGGAUCCAGCCUCUUAGGAACUUGAAGAAGAUGGAUCUUUCUCGCUGUAAAUACCUUGUCGAAAUUCCUGAUCUCUCAAAAGCCACAAAUCUGGAGGAACUAAACAUUUCCUAUUGCCAAAGCUUGGUUGAGGUUACUCCAUCUAUCAAGAACCUUAAGGGACUUUCUUGCUUCUACUUAACUAAUUGCAUCCAACUCAAGAACAUUCCGAUUGGAAUAGCUUUGAAGUCGCUUGAAACAGUGGGAAUGAGUGGAUGCUCAAGUCUAAUGCAUUUUCCAGAAUUUUCUUGGAAUACUAGAAGACUCUAUCUGAGCAGUACAAAGAUAGAGGAACUUCCAUCAUCAAUCAGCCAUCUCUCUUGUCUGGUUGAAUUGGAUAUGUCAGAUUGCCAGAGACUCAGGACACUUCCAAGCUAUCUAGGGCACUUGAUCUCACUUAAAUCCAUGAAUUUGGACGGUUGCAAACAUCUUGAGAACCUCCCAGACACAUUACAGAACCUAACAUCUCUUGAAACGCUUGAAGUGUCGGGUUGCCUUAAUGUCAACAAGUUCCCUCAUGUUGCCACGAAUAUAGAAGUUCUGCGUAUAUCUGAGACAUCAAUUGAAGAAAUUCCUGCAAGGAUCUGUAAUCUCUCUCAGCUUAGGUCCUUGGAUAUUUCAGAAAAUAAAAGACUUACAUCACUUCCGGUAAGCAUUUCUGAGCUAAGAUCACUUGAAAAGCUUAAGCUUUCUGGAUGUUCUGUACUCGAGAGUUUUCCACCAGAAAUUUGUCAGACAAUGACCUGCUUGAGGUGGUUUGCUUUAGAUAGGACUAGCAUUAAAGAACUACCUGAAAACAUUGGGAAUUUAGUAGCUAUUGAGGUGCUUCAAGCUAGUAGAACAGCGAUAAGGCGAGCACCAUGGUCUAUUGCACGUCUUACCCGUCUUCAAGUUUUAGCGAUUGGGAAUAGUUUCUACACUCCAGAAGGUUUAUUGCAUUCUUUUUGUCCUCCCUUAUCAAGGUUUGAUGACUUGAGAGCUCUGAGCCUAAGCAACAUGAACAUGAUAGAGAUCCCUAACAGUAUUGGUAACUUAUGGAAUCUACUAGAACUAGAUUUGAGUGGGAACAAUUUUGAAUUCAUCCCCGCAAGUAUCAAACGGCUCACCAGGUUGAACAGACUGAAUUUAAACAAUUGUCAGAGACUUCAAGCAUUGCCCGAUGAGCUUCCACGAGGACUCUUGUAUCUCUACAUCCAUAGCUGCACAUCCCUAGUGAGUAUCUCAGGUUGCUUCAACCAAUAUUGUCUGCGCCAGUUUGUAGCUAGCAAUUGUUACAAAUUGGAUCAAGCAGCGCGGAUUCUCAUUCACCGUAACAUGAAGCUAGAGUCAGCAAAACCAGAACACUCUUAUUUUCCUGGAAGUGAUGUACCCACUUGCUUCAAUCACCAAGUCAUGGGUCCUUCGCUGAAUAUACACUUACCUCAUAAUGAAUCAUCGUCUGACAUUCUGGGAUUUUCUGCCUGCAUCAUGAUUGGAGUUGAUGGACUGUACCCGAUGAACAAUCUGAAGAUACACUGCUCUUGUAUUUUAAAAGAUGCUGAUGAUUGUGAGCUGGUUGUUAUGGAUGAGGUGUGGUAUCCUGAUCCAACAGCUUUCACAAACAUGUCUUUUGGAUCAGAUCACCUUCUCUUAUUCAGCAGAACCUGCAUGUCCAUGGAAGCUUACAACGAAGCCCUGUUUGAAUUCUCAAUCGAAAACACAGAAGGAGAUUCUUUUAGCCCGCUUGGAGAGGUAAAAAAAUGUGCGGUGCACCUUAUAUCGUUUAAAGACAUGAUGCAAGAGUUCUCUAAUGACUCUGAGAAAAUUCAGAAUUCUGAUUUGGAUCUUUCAAAGGCAUUUGAUGACGCAAGAGUUUUGAAAAGAAGCGCAUAUGAAACUGAGUUCUUGCAUAAGGAGCAACCAAGAUCCAAGAGGAUCAAGUUUCUUCCAGUUCAUUUGGCUUGAGAACGACAUUCCAAAUUACAUCAG